UCUUGGUCUUCUCCACACCUCCACUGCCACCUUCUCUUCUCCACUUCCCCUCUCUCUCUAGUCCCUUUCUCUCCCAAAAGAUUUCACAUCGUAACUACUCAACACCGCUAAAAACAAUCUGUCUUUGAAGCUCAGAAAUGUAUUCUGAAUACUCUCUUCUCUUCAUUCCGUCCACUGCUGUCCUUAACUAUGAGCUUCUUUUCUUUUUUAUCCUCUUUCUUGCUGUUUUCGCCUUCUGGCUUACCCCCGGUGGGUUAGCUUGGUCUUUCUCUAAGGCCCGUGUCUCCAUUCCUGGUCCCUCUGGUUUACCUGUACUUGGGUUGGUCUUAACUUUCACUGGUUCCCUAACUCACAGAUUGCUUGCAAAGCUCUCUAAUGGCUUGAAAGCUGAAUCGUUAAUGGCGUUUUCAGUUGGAUUUACUCGUUUUAUAAUAUCUAGCCAUCCUGAGACUGCGAAGGAAAUACUUAAUAGUUCGUCUUUUGCUGAUAGACCAGUGAAGGAGUCUGCUUACGAAUUGUUGUUUCACAGAGCAAUGGGUUUUGCGCCUUAUGGUGAGUAUUGGAGGAAUCUGAGGAGGAUUUCAGCAACCCAUUUGUUCAGUCCAAAGAGAAUAGCAUGUUUCGGUGAUUUUAGGGGAGAAAUAGGUACGAAGAUGGUGAGUGAAAUUAUGACUUUGAUGGAGACAGAUGGCCAUGUUAUGGUGAAAAGGGUUUUGCAUUUUGGGUCACUGAACAAUGUGAUGAGGACUGUUUUUGGUAAAAGUUACAAUUUCAAUUCACACGAUGGACGAGAGUUGGAAUAUUUGGUAAGUGAAGGGUAUGAAUUGCUUGGGAUAUUUAACUGGAGUGACCAUUUUCCUUUGUUGGGGUGGUUAGAUUUGCAAGGAGUUAGAAGAAGAUGCAAAGAGCUGGUGGCUCGAGUAAAUAUAUUUGUAGGGAAGAUCAUUGAAGAGCACAGGUUGAAGAGGGCCAAAAAUGCUGAAAAUGCUGUAGAUGAAGGUUUUCAUGACUUUGUUGAUGUAUUGCUUGAUAUGGAGAAGGAAAAUAAACUGAGUGAUUCAGACAUGAUUGCUGUUCUUUGGGAAAUGAUCUUUAGAGGGACUGAUACUGUGGCCAUCUUAUUAGAAUGGAUUGUUGCCAGGAUGGCACUACAUCCAAAUAUUCAAGCCAAGGUUCAAUGUGAAAUAGACACUGUGGUUGGUACUGAUAGAGCUGUAUGUGACUCCGACUUGCCUAAUCUGCCAUAUCUUCUAGCCAUAGUGAAAGAGACUCUAAGAGUGCACCCUCCUGGUCCCUUGCUCUCAUGGGCUAGGCUUGCAAUUCAUGAUACCUGCGUAGGUCAGCAUUUUAUCCCUGCCGGUACCACAGCCAUGGUGAACAUGUGGGCUAUUACACAUGAUGAAAAUAUAUGGUCACAACCUGAAGAAUAUGUUCCAGAAAGGUUCUUGGUAGAUGAUGUAGCAAUCAUGGGUUCUGAUCUUAGGCUUGCUCCAUUUGGUUCAGGGAGGAGGGUUUGCCCGGGUAAGGCAAUGGGACUUGCUACUGUUCAGCUAUGGCUAGCUCAACUGCUUCAAGAAUUUAAAUGGGUUCCUUCUGAUGAUGGCAUCAACUUGUCUGAGAGCUUGAAAUUGUCAUUGGAAAUGAAACACCCUUUGGUUUGCAAGGCUGUUUCUAGGGUUCAUUGAAAGCGCUUGGUUGGUUUCCAUGUUUUGGGUUGUUGGCUUCUGCUCGUCUUUGUUGAUCUCAAAAAUGAAUUUUAUCUGCUAUUAACGAGAGAUCGAUCAGACUUGUUUGUAAGUUAUGCUUAUAGAUGUAGUUUUUCUUAAGUUGUCUUAGGGGAAGAAAGAUAGGCUAACCCAAGGUUCCGUUCACUUGGUCCCUUUAUGGUAGGAAUUUGUUUGUCGUCUUUGGUGUGGUUCUUGCGAGUAUUUCAACAUGCCUUGUACACAGCUUCUUUUUGCAAUAUCCAAAGCAAUAUAAUUUCUAUCUUUCUUAUCAAAGACUAAA